CAGGCUCCUCCUUCCGCCCCGCCCUGACGGCUGCGGCGCCCGCAGGUCCCGAGUGCCCCAAGUGCCCGGGAACGAGAGUGGGACCCAGCUGGAGGUAUAUUCCCGGCGCCGCGCCCGGACACGCGCAGGGAGAGCCUCUCCUGCCGGAGUCCGCGUUCGCCCCUGGUGUCCGCAACCCAGGUGGCCAGUGGCCAGAUCUAACCAUGAGCUACCCAGGCUAUCCCCCACCCGCUGGUGGCUACCCACCGGCUGCACCAGGUGGUGGUGCCUGGGGAGGUGCCGGCUAUCCCCCGCCCAGCAUGCCCCCCAUCGGGCUGGAUAACGUGGCCAACUACUCAGGGCAGUUCAACCAGGACUAUCUCUCUGGAAUGGCGGCCAACAUGUCUGGGACCUUUGGUGGAGCCAACAUGCCAAACCUGUACCCGGGGGCCCCCGGAGGUGGUUAUCCUCCAGUCCCCCCUGGGGGCUUCGGGCAGCCCCCACCCGCCCAGCAGCCUGUUCCUCCAUAUGGAAUGUAUCCACCCCCUGGGGGAAACCCCCCCUCUGGGAUGCCUUCAUAUGCACCAUACCCAGGUGCCCCUAUGCCAGGACAGCCCAUGCCACCCCCCGGCCAGCAACCCCCAGGGGCCUACCCUGGGCAGCCGCCAGCAGCCUACCCUGGGCAGUCGCCAAUGCCUCCCCCUGGGCAGCAGCAGCCAGUGCCAAGCUACCCAGGAUACCCAGGAUCCGGGACAGUCACCCCUGCUGUGCCCCCAGCCCAGUUUGGAAACCGAGGCACCAUCACAGAUGCUUCUGGCUUUGACCCUUUGCGAGAUGCUGAGGUCCUGCGGAAGGCUAUGAAAGGCUUUGGGACGGACGAACAGGCCAUUAUUGACUGCCUGGGGAGUCGCUCCAACAAGCAGCGACAGCAGAUCCUCCUGUCCUUCAAGACAGCUUAUGGCAAGGAUUUGAUCAAAGAUCUGAAAUCCGAACUGUCAGGAAACUUUGAGAAGACAAUCCUGGCUCUGAUGAAAACCCCAGUCCUUUUUGAUGUUUAUGAGAUAAAGGAAGCCAUCAAGGGUGCUGGCACUGAUGAAGCCUGCCUGAUUGAGAUCCUUGCUUCGCGUAGCAACGAACACAUCCGGGAACUGAACAGAGCCUACAAAACAGAAUUCAAAAAGACCCUGGAGGAGGCCAUUCGAAGCGACACGUCAGGACACUUCCAGCGGCUCCUCAUCUCUCUCUCUCAGGGAAACCGGGAUGAAAGCACAAAUGUGGACAUGUCCUUGGUCCAGAGAGAUGUCCAGGAGCUGUAUGCAGCUGGAGAGAACCGCCUGGGAACAGACGAGUCCAAGUUCAAUGCUGUUCUGUGCUCCAGGAGCCGGGCCCACCUGGUGGCAGUUUUCAACGAAUAUCAGAGAAUGACGGGGCGAGACAUUGAGAAGAGCAUCUGCCGGGAGAUGUCAGGGGACCUGGAGCAGGGCAUGCUAGCCGUGGUGAAAUGUCUGAAGAAUACCCCUGCCUUCUUUGCUGAAAGACUCAAUAAGGCCAUGAGGGGAGCAGGAACGAAGGACCGGACCCUGAUUCGCAUCAUGGUGUCUCGCAGUGAGGUCGACCUCCUGGACAUUAGGUCAGAGUACAAGCGGAUGUACGGCAAGUCGCUGUACCACGACAUCACGGGAGACACUUCGGGGGAUUACCGGAAGAUUCUGCUGAAGAUCUGUGGCGGCAACGACUGAGCAGGAACUGUGGCUCUUCUGCCCACAUGCUGGCAGUGUGGUGCCAGGAAAAGGCCAAAAGAAUGUCUGUCUGUUUCUAACAAACCUACAAAAGCCCUUGAGGUGACCACCCGUAGAGCCUUAGCCCUGUCUCCCCGGCCCUCCUGAUGGAUAUGUUGUGCUGAAAGACCUGAGUUGGUCUUGAGCUCUCAGGAUGCCUUUUCCUCCCCUUCCCUCAGAGCCUCUUGCUGCUAAAGUAGAUAUUUUAUACUCUGACCCUUGCGGUCAUUGCCCUGUGCUCGUGGCUAAAGCUCUUGGCUUUGUUUUAGUCGUGUGAUUUUAUAUUUUUAUGUGGAGGCAAUUUUCUUCUUUAGUCAUUGCCAGACAAACACACACAGCUCUGCCUGCUACGUGUACACUUCUGGGGAGAGUGACUGGGUAGGGAGUACCACAUCCCUAUCGAGGAGAAAGGGAGGAUCUUUAAGGGUAAUCUUUGCAUCUGGUGAGAAUGUGUCAUGCGUUUUGUUAUUGCCAAAUCCACUCCUUUUUAGAAAGAGAGAAAAAAAAAACAUCCAGAAUGUCAUCUGUUCCAUCUUCCAUGCAAAACCACGAGAACAAAGCCAGUUCCUUGCCAAUGACAGGGUUUCUUGUAAUUUGGAAUGUGCCUUAAAUCUGAAUGUCUGUAGCCAAAAGCUGUUUGCAAAUUAAAGUCAGCUAGCUCUGGAACA